CCCAGUGGCUUUAAACCUCCACACAUUCCACCACUAUCUUCAACCACCUCUCUACUCUUUCCUCCCAUCAUCACAACAAGAGUAGAGAGACAACUCUCUCUCUCUCUCUCUCUCCAAUUUCAUAUCCACACAAAAACCACCAAAGACUCCACCUUUCUCUCCUCCCUCACAAAACCCACCAUGGAUUUAGCCUCCAAGCUCCACCGCUCCACCUUCCUCGCCGGCUCCGCCCCCUUCGACCCCCGCACCUCCGCCGCCUCCUCUCUCCCCCCUCGCCUCCGCCUCAAAACCACUUCUUUCUUCAAACCCACUCCCCCCUCUCCCCCCAUCUUCCCAAAGCUCCAAGCUUUCGCCGCCGUCGAAACUCCCGCCACCACCGCCGCCGAAGACAUCGAGUCCCUCUUCUCCUCCGACGCCUCCGCCGCCCAGGACCGUAAGCGCGGCAAGAAAAGCUCCCCCUCCGGCGCCUCCGGGGUCUCCUCGGGCGUGAAGCUCGAGAAUGUGAGCAAGAGCUAUAAAGGCGUGACUGUGCUCAAGGACGUGACGUGGGAAGUGAAGAAGGGGGAGAAGGUCGGGCUCGUUGGGGUGAACGGAGCAGGGAAGACGACGCAGAUGAGGAUCAUUGCAGGUUUGGAGGAGGCUGAUUCGGGGAACGUGGUGAAGGCGAAACCGAACAUGAAGAUUGCGUUUCUGAGCCAGGAGUUUGAGGUUUCGAUGAGCAGGACGGUGAGGGAGGAGUUUAUGAGUGCCUUCAAGGAGGAAAUGGAGGUGGCUGAGAGGCUGGAGAAGGUGCACAAGGCAUUGGAGGGUGCUGUGGAGGAUAUGGACUUGAUGGGGAGGCUGUUGGAUGAGAUGGAUAAGCUGCAGAAUCGGGCGCAGGAGUGUGACUUGAGUAUGGUGGAUGCUAAGAUCAGUAAGUUGAUGCCGGAGCUUGGGUUUGCGCCCGAGGAUGGGGAUAGGUUGGUGGCUUCCUUUAGUAGUGGAUGGCAGAUGAGGAUGUCGCUUGGGAAGAUUUUGCUUCAGGACCCUGAUUUACUACUUCUGGAUGAGCCUACCAAUCACCUUGACCUUGAUACAAUUGAGUGGCUCGAAGAUUAUCUCAAUCAACAAGAUGUGCCAAUGGUUAUCAUAUCUCACGACCGAGCUUUUCUCGAUCAAUUGUGUACCAAAAUAGUGGAAACUGAUAUGGGUGUCUCCAGGACGUUUGAGGGAAAUUAUUCUGAGUAUUACAUUGCAAAGGCAGCUUGGAUUGAAAGUCAAAAUGCUGCUUGGGAGAAGCAGCAGAAGGAAAUUGAGCACACAAAAGACUUGAUCCACAGGUUGGGCGCUGGAGCAAAUUCUGGCCGUGCUUCUUCUGCCGAAAAGAAGCUGGAAAAACUUCAGGAAGAGGAUCUAGUUGAAAGGCCAUUCCAGAGGAAACAGAUGAGGAUCAGGUUUCCUGAACGGGGAAGAAGUGGAAGAUUUGUUGCUACGCUUAAAAAUCUGGAAGCUGGAUUUGGAGAUAAGGUGCUGUUUAGCAGAGCAAACCUCACAAUUGAAAGGGGAGAGAAAAUCGCCAUUAUUGGCCCAAAUGGGUGUGGAAAGAGUACCUUGCUGAAACUAAUAAUGGGUUUACAAAAGCCAAUAGCAGGUGAAGUUCUGCUUGGGGAGCAUAAUGUCUUACCGAACUAUUUUGAGCAAAAUCAGGCUGAGGCACUAGAUUUAAAUAAAACAGUGCUUGAGACAGUAGAAGAAGCAGCAGAAGACUGGAGACUUGAUGACAUAAAAGGUCUCCUUGGUCGAUGUAAUUUCAAGGCAGAUAUGCUUGAUAGAAAGGUUUCCCUCUUAAGUGGUGGUGAGAAGGCACGCCUUGCCUUCUGCACAUUCAUGGUAAAACCAUCUACUCUGCUAGUUCUGGAUGAGCCGACAAAUCACUUGGAUAUUCCUUCAAAAGAGAUGCUUGAGGAGGCAAUAACAGAGUACAAGGGCACUGUUAUCACAGUUUCUCAUGACCGAUACUUCAUAAAGCAAAUAGUUAACAGAGUAGUGGAAGUUAAAGACAGAAGAUUGCAAGAUUAUGCAGGCAAUUACAAUUAUUAUCUAGAGAAGAAUCUAGAUGCUAGGGAAAGAGAGCUCGAGCGUGAGGCAGAGAUUGAGGAAAAGGCUCCUAAAGUGAAAGCGAAAUCGAAGAUGUCCAAGGCUGAAAAAGAAGCUCGGAAGAAGCAAAAGAUGCAGGCAUUCCAGCAAGCCAAGGCAAAAUCGAAAGGAACAAAAAACGCAAAGAGAUGGAAUUAAAGUAGUUUUCGAAGUGGCCCACUUUAUCAGCUACUCGAUCAUGUAUGUAUAUACCAGUUAGUACAUUAAUAGAUUUCCAGGAACAAGCAAGGCUGAAACAGAAAUCCUGUACCUGAAGCAUCUCCUUUUGCUAGGUAAUUGAUGAGCAAGUACGUGUUUUUGAAAUCUAACCCCCAGUAUAAAAAUGAGAGAAGGAUUACAGGGUUUGAUUAUUACUGCAUAGAAUCUGUAAAUUUAUUGGCUACAAUGAUUACUGUAUAUUCACAUUGAAAAACUAAUCGCUGAGUCCAUCUAUUACAUGAUUUA